AUGAAUUGCUCUGUUUGUGGAUUAAAUUUCGAGAGAAAAGAUAAAGGAUGUUAGUAAAUGGAAUGUCAAUAAUGUAAAUAGAAAUAUCAUCGAUUCUGUUAUGGAUACAACAAUAUAGAUGGAAUAUGUGAUCCUUGUUAAGAUGUAGCAAAGAAACCAUAAUGUUGUAUUUGUGGAUAGAAAGGUUUACUUAAAAGACUUUCAGAUUAGAGUGGAGUAUAUGUUCAUGUUUCAUGUGCUAUAUUUGCAUCUCAUAUCUAGGUAAUUAACUAUCAUACUAUGACAUUCGCAACUAAAAGUUAAAUAGAUAAAAAAACAAAGGAAAAAUGUUCAAAUUGUGGGAAAAGUGGUGCUAAUAUUUAAUGUCUAGAUUGUUAAGCUUAUGCUCAUCCUCAUUGUAUAUUUGUUGAAUAAGUGGAAAAAGCAUAAGAAGAUAUUGAAACAGAAUAAUGGAUAUUCCAUUUAAAAUUUUAAGCUAAUAAUUAAGAUCCAAAUCAAUUAGAUGUUGAAUCAGGAGAAAUUAAAUGUGAAUUAAAAGAGAUUCAAGAUGCUUUUAACAAUGCUAUUGAUAAAUAUUAAGAUAAAUCAAAAAAAAGAGCGAAUCAAACAUAAUAAUAUAAGGAACAUAUUAAAAAUACACUUGAUUCUAUCUUUGAUAAUUAUUCAUUGCCAUAAUGCAAUUAAUAAUGGUCAUCUUAAAAUAAGAUAGAGAGUUAUUGUUAAGUUCAUAUGGAAGGUCAUCGUCUAUUUUGUAUAUGUCGUAAAUCUUUAAAUAACAAAUAAAUGGUAUAAUGUGAUCAUUGUUAUGAAUGGUAUCAUUUUGGAUGUAUCAAACGUAAAAAUGUUAAAGAUGAUUCUUAUAUCUGUGAAGCAUGUAAAGGUUGGAGUGCUAAAAGAACUAAAAUUGAUUUAGAUGAUCCUAAAUUAUUAAACUUUGAAGAUCUAGUUGUUCCUAAAAGUGUCUAUAUUUUACACUUAAUAGAUUUAUUACCUCUAUUAUUAUACAUUGAAGCUAUCAUGAAAAGAUUACCAUCUAUUCCUUUANUAACCUCGAUCAAUAGAACGAUAAAAGGAUGGUUAAGAUAAUUAUCUAUCUGGUUAAGUGUUUGUAAUUGUGUUGAUUCUUACUUCUAGUUUCUAUUAUUAUGUUGGUUUUGGUUUGCUAGUACAAAUGCCCAUAUUUUUAAUCGUUAGUAAUAUUAAUAAUAAAUGAAUUGCUCUGUUUGUGGAUUAAAUUUCGAGAGAAAAGAUAAAGGAUGUUAGUAAAUGGAAUGUCAAUAAUGUAAAUAGAAAUAUCAUCGAUUCUGUUAUGGAUACAACAAUAUAGAUGGAAUAUGUGAUCCUUGUUAAGAUGUAGCAAAGAAACCAUAAUGUUGUAUUUGUGGAUAGAAAGGUUUACUUAAAAGACUUUCAGAUUAGAGUGGAGUAUAUGUUCAUGUUUCAUGUGCUAUAUUUGCAUCUCAUAUCUAGGUAAUUAACUAUCAUACUAUGACAUUCGCAACUAAAAGUUAAAUAGAUAAAAAAACAAAGGAAAAAUGUUCAAAUUGUGGGAAAAGUGGUGCUAAUAUUUAAUGUCUAGAUUGUUAAGCUUAUGCUCAUCCUCAUUGUAUAUUUGUUGAAUAAGUGGAAAAAGCAUAAGAAGAUAUUGAAACAGAAUAAUGGAUAUUCCAUUUAAAAUUUUAAGCUAAUAAUUAAGAUCCAAAUCAAUUAGAUGUUGAAUCAGGAGAAAUUAAAUGUGAAUUAAAAGAGAUUCAAGAUGCUUUUAACAAUGCUAUUGAUAAAUAUUAAGAUAAAUCAAAAAAAAGAGCGAAUCAAACAUAAUAAUAUAAGGAACAUAUUAAAAAUACACUUGAUUCUAUCUUUGAUAAUUAUUCAUUGCCAUAAUGCAAUUAAUAAUGGUCAUCUUAAAAUAAGAUAGAGAGUUAUUGUUAAGUUCAUAUGGAAGGUCAUCGUCUAUUUUGUAUAUGUCGUAAAUCUUUAAAUAACAAAUAAAUGGUAUAAUGUGAUCAUUGUUAUGAAUGGUAUCAUUUUGGAUGUAUCAAACGUAAAAAUGUUAAAGAUGAUUCUUAUAUCUGUGAAGCAUGUAAAGGUUGGAGUGCUAAAAGAACUAAAAUUGAUUUAGAUGAUCCUAAAUUAUUAAACUUUGAAGAUCUAGUUGUUCCUAAAAGUGUCUAUAUUUUACACUUAAUAGAUUUAUUACCUCUAUUAUUAUACAUUGAAGCUAUCAUGAAAAGAUUACCAUCUAUUCCUUUAGAUGAAAACGAUUACAGAAACAUUAAAUUCUAUAAACUCUUCUUAGCAUCAUUACCUAUUAAACCAUCAACUGUUAUUUAAUUAGAUAAAAUUUUAUUAAAAGAAAAACUAUAAGAAGAAUUAAAAUAAAAAAUGCAAUCCAUCAUACCUACUUAAUUAGAAUAAAGUGAAUCAUUUGCAGAAGAAUUGGUUAAAUCAUUUAAAUUUAAAGGUUAUUAUUUUGAAUUAGGUGAUAAUAAACUUAUUAAAUCAUUUGUGCUAUCCAGAAAAGAUAUUAAAGCAUUAAUUUAAAAAGGAAUCUCUGAAGGAUAUUUGAUGGAAGACACCUUUAAGAUUCUCAAUGAAAAUGUUACUGAUAAUCAAAAAAUAUUUAAAUCUCCAAAUGAUAAUUUAGUAUAACUUAUCAAUAGAUAUAAAAUUGCUUAAUAAAUUAAAAUUAAUUUAAGAUCUUUGUUUGAAGUAGAAAGAAUGUAAAUUGAAUAUCCAAUUAUUGAUAAUCAACUUGAUCUUACUGUUUAUAAAUAAAUGAUUCUUAUUAAAAAUUAAAAAAAUAAACCAAAUAAAAUCAAAUUACUUGAAUUAAAGAGAAUGGCUAAUCAUAAUAAUGUAACUUUAGGAUGUCUUAAAAUUAUUGAUAAAUUAUUAGAAGAACUUAAUUCUUUAGAAUAAGAAAAUAUUUAGAAUUCCUUUAAAAAAAUCAUUGAAUUUCCUAUUACUAGCGAGAUACUUAUUAAUCAAUUAUAAAAUUAUUUUGAAUAAGAAUUUAUUGAUGAAUUCAAAGUAGAAUUGGAAUUAAAAAUUGAAAGUUUUUGUAAAUUAACUGAAAAAGAAUAUAAUGGAGUGUAUACUUAUGAAAAUAUUUAAAAGGCUGCUAAAGAUUCAAUUGUGAUUAGAAGUGUUUAUAAUUAACUUUAAGAAAUUCAUUAGAAAUGUUAAACUUAAAAAAAAGUAACAAUUUAAUUUUGUCAUGAAAUAUUAGAUUUAAUGUCAAAGUGUUAAUUAACAACAACUUAUAUUGAAACUCAAAAAGUGAAAUUUAUAAAAUUUAGAGAACUCUAUAAAAAGUUAAAUGAAUCAAUAACAUUAGAAUAAUUGGAAGAAAUCGAACAUGAAUGUUUUUAAUUAGGAUUUGAUAUGGAUGUUGAAUAAAGGAGAUAAUAAUUGUAAUAAGCAUAAGAAAUCAUACAAAAUAUAUAACCAAAUUUAUGUGAUUGUUUGGAUGAAUAUAAGAAAUUAAAAUCUCUUGAAUUGGAUACUUAUAUAAAGUAAACAGAAUAGUAAAUUGAUUUUGUGAAGUAAUUAUAUUAUUUGGUUUACAAUUCGUAUGAUUCAUUACCUAAAAUGAUUUAGAAAGUAAAAGAUAUAUCAGAUUUAGAUUUCAAUAAUGAAUUAUUAUAUAAAGUGACUAUUCCGGAAGUUGUUUGUGAUGAAAUGAAAUAAGUAGUAAUGAAUUUUAGAUAAAUUAAAUGGAGAUGUGAAUGUUAAUAAAUCUUAGAUUAAUAAAACCUAAUGAGUAUGUAGGGGAGUAAUAAAAAAUAUAAUAUAAAUUAAAUAAUUAAUUUGUUGAAUGCAGAUUAAUAGAUUUAAGAUCCAUUUUAUUGCUAAUAACUUUAGAAGAUUAAGAAGGAAUAUGAGAGUUGGAUUAUAAAUUUAUAAGAAUUUGAGAAUUAAUUAGCAGGUUAAGUGGCUCCACAUUUUAAUUAAUUAAUAAAAUUAAUAAAUAAGAAUUAAUAUUAGGACAAUAAUUUAUAAACAAAAUUAUGGUAAUAUUAUAUUUAAAUGUUAUGGAUGUAAAAGGCUGAAGAAUUUAUAUAGGCUAAAGCUAAUCCUUAAGCUUAUAAGACUUUGAUUUCUUGUGCUACAUAUGCAAAUAUAGAUUCUAACAAUGUUCUACUAUUGAAGGUCAAGGAACACUUAUUUAUAAUGGAUGAUCUUAGUAGGAAAUUGAAAGAGUAUUCAGAGUAAAGAUUUCUAUGGGUUAAGAGUAGAGAAUAGAUCAAUAAUUUAUAAUCAUAUAAAUCUUAUUAUAAAUAUUUGGAGAACAAACCUGAUGCAGAAUAGAUUAAUUAAAUUUAUAUUCAAGCUAAAGAGUAUCCUAUAUUUAAAGUAAAAGAUUUAGCUGAGGAUUUGUAAGAAGUAAGAUAGGUUUUAUAAUAAUAUAAUGAUUUAGUUUAAAAACAACCAGAUAAUAGUUUAUACAUCUAAAAUUUAUAAAAGAUAAGAACUUAUUAUUGUUGUUGUUUUUUAAAAGUAAAGAAUUUCUGUGUAUAAUUGAUGUACAAUAUGAUAAAAUAAUAAUCUUUGAAAUGUUUAAAAUAAUUGAAUCCAACAGAAUAGAUAUUAUAAAGACUUGAAGAAAUCAAUCUCCUUGUUGCAUUAGGUGGAGAGGAGUGGUUUUAGAAGUUGAGUCUUACUUACAAAGGUAAGUAGGACAAUAUUAAUAGUGCAGAUUUUAAAUUUAUAGAUUGUGUAAGAAUUUGUUAUUAUAUAUUAUAGAGUCUAUCAGAUGAUUUUGAAUGGAUCAAAUGGAUGGAAGAGAGUAGUUAGAAUAUUAGUGAUAGUUUUGGCAUUGAAACUAAAAAAUAAUAGAAAGAAUAAAAAAUUAAAAAGAAGAAGCAAUAGAAUUAAAAAGUAUUAGAAGGAAUCACUGAAGAUAUGAGAUAAACUUAAAGACUUGAUCUCUAAAUAUGUUUUAAGAAAUGUUCUAAUUGGAAACAAGUGACUGAAUAAUAAAUAAGAAAUUUGGAAGCACAAGUUUUUAUGGAAUAGAGUUUUGAUAAAGAGAAGUAUCUCAAAGAAAUUGAGAAGAUAAAAAUUGUAAUCAAAUUAAAUAAAUUAAUAGAGUAAAUAUUUUAAUUAAUUAUUUUUAGACUUAAUUAUGAAGAUAUGAAAAAAGCUUAUAAAUAAUAUCUAAUUUAAAAGAAAUCAAAUAAUUAAUAAACAAAUAAUAAAUAAGCAUUAUAAUUAGAGAGUAUUAAAGUUAUAAAGAAACAGUAAUAACCGUAAAUUCCUUAAAUGGUUAGUGCUUAAAAACUAGUCUCUUAACAUUCAAUUAAAAGUGAACCUGAAGUAGAAAAGAAAGUGAAAUCUGAAACUCCUAAAUAACCUACAAUAAUAGCUUAACCAAUAUAAAUUACUAAUGAUGUUUUAUUAUAUAAUCCAGAUGGUUAAAUAGAAACACCCUCUAAGAAAUCAAAACAUCAAUUAAUGAGUUUAGGAGAGAUAAAUUUAUAAAUUAAGAAGAAAGUAAAUGAUACAAGAGAAUCAUUUAUCAUAAAACCAUAAUUAUUAACUUAUGAACAUCACAUGGCAUAACACUUUCCUAAAACUGAAAAUAUUACUGUUACUUGUGAAACAUUUUCACCUGUUAAAGAUGUGAUGGAAUAUUUUACAUAAAGAAAAACAGGAUAAUUUAGAAUGAUGAUUGGUUGGUUAUAUUCUAAAGAUUUAAAUGUUGCUGGUGAUUUAUUUAAAUUAGCUGAUAAAUUAAAAUAAUCUAAAUAAUGUGUUGGUACUAAAUAAGGAGAUAUUGGAUUAACAUUAAUUUACUAUGAUUAUUUGAAUAAACUUAAACCUACAACUAAAUGGAUUAUAAUGAAAGAAGAAUUAGAGUAAUCUAUUUUAUUAUAUUUUCUAGCAAUCAAUUAGUCAUGGAUAACCUCACUAAAUAUCACAACUUAGAGAAAUUUAAACCUCAUUUAUGUUUUGUUUAUUAUAUUAAGGAUUUCAAAGAAUGUGCCAAUACAAUCUUACCUUAACCUGUUUAAUAUAUUAAUGUCUUAAAAUAGAUCCAAUUUAAAAGAGUUAUUGAAAAUCAUAAAUUGCAAUAGAAAAAAUAAUAAACUUAAUUGAAUCAUACAGAAAAGAAAGAAUUAGAACCUAUUUCUGAUGAAGAAAAUAAUAAUGGAUUCUAAUAGAAACAAGAUGUUCACUCUAUGCUUAUGGAAAUCCCUGGUAUUCUUAGCUUAUUAAAUUAAUGAUCAAUAAUUUAUAUAUAUUAGCAAAGGCA